AUGGCACAACACACGGCUUCCCUUACUCCUCCAAUCUUCAAUGGUGAACAAUACCACAUGUGGACUGUCAAACUGAAGACCUUCCUAAGGGGAAAAGUUCUGUGGCAGUAUGUUAAAGAGAACAAGCAACCACCUGCAUUAGGACCAAAUCCCGCGUUGAAUCAAAUCAGGCUUCAUGAGGAGGAAGCUACUAAAGCUCCUAGAGCUUUGUCUCAUAUUCAUACAGCUGUAACUGAACUUGUUUUUACAAGAAUCAUGGCAUAUGAAACAGCCAAGGAAGCAUGGGACAAGCUCAAUGAGGAGUUUAGUGGUAGUGAUACGACUAGAAAUAUGGAUGUAUUGAACUUAAGGAGAGAGUUUGAGAUGCUGAAGAUGCAGGAAUCAAAAUCAACAAAAGAGUAUGUGGAUAGGUUGAUGAAUGUGGUGAAUAAAAUCAUAUUGUUGGGUGAGGAAAUGACAGACAAAAGAAUUGUGGAGAAAGUAUUGGUGAGCCUACCUAAGAGGUUUGAGUCCAAGAUUUCAUCACUUGAGGACUCUAAAGAUCUAUCACAGAUCACACUCACUGAUUUGGUGCAUGAUCUGCAAGCUCAAGAGCAAAGGAGGCUGCUGAGACAAGAGGAUUCAAGUGAGGGUGCAAUGGUGGCAGGCUUUAAAGGCAAAGUUGUUCAGGGAGGAAACAAAAGGUUUGCUGGAGAUAAGAAAUAG